CUCGCGGAUAGCGGCCUCACCGCGGAUUCAUACAAAAUAACAUAAAAUCGAUUAAAAAAUGUAUGAUAAUAUCGAUUGAAAAAAAAAUUCGAUACGAAACUACGUGGACGUCAACUAUUAUGAAUUUCUAACUUUUUUCGCGGCAUUCUAAUUGCUAAGCGGACAAAUUAAAACGUUACAAGUAGCACGUGCUUCUUUCGGAAAUUAUGCCUGUUACAAAUUAGUAGGGUUAUAGAAGUUUGACAGUUAUUGAAAAAUAUUAUUGUGACGUGACGUUUCGAAACUUUUUUCGAUGAUUUUUCAUUAGUUUUUAUGUAUUUACUUAUUUAUAUAAUUAAAAAUGUGAUUAAUAACGAAAAUGGGAGUCAAAAUUGCGGAAAUUGAAUGUGAAAAUAGUGGAUCCGCGAUUUGGAGCGAGAUAUCCGGUUAGCUAACCAGAGAUAAAACCAUGACAAAACGAAUUUGACUGCCUCAAAAAUAAAGAUCUUCAUUAAUCAUGUGAUAAUCAUUAAUAAAAAAUAAAAAAGUCUUACAUAAAUAGUAUUUUUAGGCCAGUAUUAGUUUUAAAUAAGUGAUUUAUGAAAAAAAAAACUACCAUAAUGUGUUCAACUGAUUUCGGACUUUUUUUACGUAAACCAGCUCUGAAUGCAUAUCGCUCGAAGAGUACUUAAUGGUUUACAUGGAGGAUAGAGAGGGCGCGAGGCGUCGGCUAGGCGCUGUGCUGCCCACUAAUAUGGAGGCGUGCGAGCCCCCUGUUCAGCUGGAGCCUGUGGACCUCAGCGUGAAGCGACCGUCUACUCCGAGAAGGCGGCAUCGCGGCGGGACACCAUCCUCGUCGAAACUCAUCAGCUAUGAUGGUUCCACGUCGACCCAACUGACAUUUGAGUCCAGUCAUCAGGUGCCGAAAAUCAAAGUGGGACCUGACCUUCGGAGCGCGAGGAAACCUAAAACUGUUAACCGGUACAAACCGGAGCCACCGCCAUUCGUUCCUCCGCUCCCGUUCCUGCCCACCCUGAAACCGGAAGACGUGCAGAAGAGCAUCUUCUUCAACACCGCUUUACAGAAAGCGCUGACUUCAUCACUCGCACAGAUGCCGCUUCGCAAGAGGACUGACAAUGACAUCCAAUCCCCAGAAGAAUCUCGUCGAAGACUCCACAAAUGCGACGUGGCGGGAUGCCACAAGGUAUACACCAAGAGUUCCCAUCUCAAGGCUCACAAAAGGACACAUACUGGCGAAAAGCCCUAUAGCUGCGUGUGGGCAGGGUGCGGGUGGCGUUUCGCGCGCUCGGACGAGUUAACUCGCCACACUCGUAAACAUACCGGGCAGCGGCCGUUCGCAUGCGCGCUGUGCCGCCGCGGGUUCGCCCGCUCCGACCACCUGCGGCUGCACAUGAGGAAACACGCGCCAGCGCACCGACACGGGCCAUGCGACGUGUGAUUUACAACGUUUUUUGGGAUUGGGAUUGAAAUUUACACGAAUUUACACGGUUUUACAUGAAUUUACACGGUUUUACACGAAUUUACACGGUUUUACAUGAAUUUACAUGUUUCUACAUUAAGGGGCUUUUCAGGCUACGUUCCUCAAAAGUAAUGUAGAUGGCUCUGUAACGAUUUUUCCUUCGUUUAACCUGGAUAGUUAUACAUAACAUAACAUACAUAAAUAGCCUAUAUACGUCCCACUGCUGGGCACAGGCCUCCUCUCAAUCAACCGGAGAGGGUAUGGAGCAUACUCCACCACGCUGCUCCACUGCGGGUUGGUGGAGGUGUUUUUACGGCUAAUAGCCAGGACCAACGGCUUAACGUGCCCUCCGAAGCACGGAAUCAACUCACUUUUUCGGACAAUCAGGUGAUUCGAGCCUGAAAAGUCCUUGCCAAACAAAGGACAGUCUCACAAAGUGAUUUCGACAAUGUCCCCAUCGGGAAUCGAACCCGGACCUCCGGACCUCCUCCUGGAUAGUUAUAUGCAUGUUUUAUCUUUUUGCUUUUGGGUAUAAAUGCUAUUGGUAGUGGAGCUGGUUUAAAGCGGUACAACGCCAUCUAUAUUGUUUUUGAGAAACGUACACUGUCAUAAAUUCAUCAGUUAAUAUAAUCACACUAUUAAAUGAGAUUUUUAUCCGAAUUUUAUAAAAUGUAUUCAUUGAUAUUAUGAAGGAAAAAAAUCGCACACAACAUGCCUUAAAAUCAUUACUGGUGCUAAAUCCUGUAGACAGCAUCUAAUUUUAUUUUAAG